UACUGGGACGACGUUUCCGUGGUAACAGGGGCCGGGUCCGUUUACCGCAGCGGCUGCUUCACCUCCGCUUCGAAGCUUGGGGGACUCGGCUCAGUGACUGCCCUGGACCUGAUACAUCUGCGCCGGUGAGCCGCACAGGCACUGGGCGACAUCUUCUGGAGGCGGCGGGCCCGCGCGAAGCACGGAGAUGCUCAAUAUGUGGAAAGUCCGGGAGCUGGUGGACAAAGCCACUAAUGUGGUCAUGAACUACUCGGAAAUUGAGUCCAAAGUGCGAGAGGCGACCAACGACGACCCCUGGGGACCCUCUGGGCAGCUGAUGGGAGAAAUUGCGAAAUCUACCUUUAUGUAUGAGCAGUUUCCAGAAGUCAUGAACAUGCUCUGGUCACGAAUGCUCAAGGACAAUAAGAAAAACUGGAGAAGAGUAUAUAAGGCUUUGCUGCUGCUGGCCUAUUUAAUCCGAAAUGGGUCAGAGAGAGUUGUGACGAGUUCCAGAGAACACAUCUAUGACCUGCGCUCUCUAGAAAACUACAACUUCAUCGAUGAGAAUGGCAAAGAUCAAGGUAUUAAUGUGCGGCAGAAGGUGAAAGAGAUGGUGGAGUUUAUUCAGGAUGAUGACCGGCUCAGAGAAGAGCGCAAGAAAGCCAAGAAGAAUAAAGACAAGUAUAUAGGCGUGUCCUCGGACAGCAUGGGUGGAGGAGGCAACAGCUUCAAGAACUCCACUGAGUUGGACCGUACAAAGUGGGACGAGGACUGGGACAAAGGUAAAGGCGGGUUUCCCUUUAGUGAGAAGCUUGGAGAGAUCAGUGACAAGAUCGGCAGCACCAUCGACGACACGCUCAACAAGUUCAGAAAGAAGGAGCGAGAUGACUCCCCUGACAGAAUCAGUGACAAUGAGGAGGACCGAGCCUCAAGAAACGGCCGACAAGACACGCUGGAAUUUAAAGAUGAAGAAGAAACAGUGACCACGAAAAGCAUCCAGAUCACACAGGCCACAGAGACGACGACCACAACCACACGCAAACGCAGCGGAGGCUCCAGCAACAAGAGCCUGGACCUAGGAGCAGCCGCACACUACACUGGGGACAAGAGCCCAGAGGAGAAGUCUUCAGGCAAACAGUCAUCGAGUAGUGGACUGGCCGACUUGUUAGAGAUUGACCCUUCGUCCAAGAGCACCACAGGUGCAAGUCAGGACCUCAUUGGUGGCUUUGCAGAUUUCUCCUCUCCUGCAGCCUCCGCCAGCCUCCCAACCUCCACAGCUGCUUCUUCUUCCACUGGAAAUGGAGAGUUUGGAGACUGGAGUGCCUUCUCUAACACCCCCAACUCAUCGUGUGGGCCUACUCAGGCUGCUCCAGACCUGUUUGGCUCCACCACACCCACCUCUACCGCGCCUUCCAACCCCAUUCCCCCAUCAGCCGAACUAUUUGACCUCAUGAGUGGACUCAGCCACACGGUACAGACCCCUCACGCCACUCUGAGCGCAUCCCAGAGCCUCACCUUUUCUUUGGGGGGAGCAGCGCCUGGAGCUCUGCCCAACAUGCCCCUGUCUCGCUCACAGCAGAGUUUAGGGAACAUGAUGCCGCAGCAGCCCAUGGGACAGCAGCAGAAAGUGGGUGGACCAGGAGCUUUGGGUUCAACAUGGUCUGAUCCCUCAGUCAACAUCAGCCUGGACUUUUUAUCAGCUGGGCUCAACCCCAACAAGACCCCACCAACUCUCAACAACAUUAUACAGCAGCAAGGUGUACCCCCUGUGAACCUUUUGACCCAGAACUUUGGAGGUCUGAACCUCAGUUCUCCUCCUCAUGUGACGCCCAUCAGACCAACAGCCAACUCCAUGAUAUCAGGCAACUGAGUUUUGGAAUGCCCACCUCUCCGCCCAUGACAACUGGGAUGCCUGCAUCCAUGACAACGGGAAUGCCUGCGUCCAUGACAGCAGGAAUGCCUGCAUCCAUGACAGCAGGGAUAAACACGGGCUCUAUGGGGAUACCUGGGAUCUCUGUGAACCAAUGCAUGAUGGGAAUGAACAUGAACAUGAAUUUAGGAACAGGCGCUCCAGUGAUGAUGGGUGUUCCAACAAUGGGCCUAACACACUCCAUGUCUCCAGCCAUGGUUCCACCUAAACAAGAUGCCUUUGCUAACUUUGGCAACUUCGGAAAACAAAUGUGAAAAUGUUUUGAUGAGUGAGUGUAUGUGUGUCAGAAAUGUUUGUAGUUUUUGAGAGUGAACUACUGAAGAGUCUAUUGUGGGACUGCAUGUGACUUUUUUUGCUUCAUCGGUCAGCUGCACAAGUUGUUUGCAUACAUGGUUUGUUGGCAUGAAUCUGGAGAUCAUGGAAGCAGUUGUCUUGCUGACCAGUCAUCUGUUAAGGUCACCUCUUUGUUUAUUGACCAUUUUCUAAUCUGCAGUAUAACAAAUCAGUGUUUGUACCAGGACUGUCUGUACAUGAGGUGGUCUCAAAAUGGCAUCACUGCCUUAAUUUUACAUUAUGUGUGAAACACAUAUCUUUUCUAUUAUUCAACCAAAUUUAAUUCUCAAAGUAAGCCAUUUACCCUGGAUACACAGAAAUACAGUGCAUUUUAACAGUGUAGAGCCAUAUGCCUGUCCUCCAGCAGAGGGCAGAAUAAAGCGUGCAAAUAUUGAAUCUUGAGGUUGAACUGCAUAGUAAUUUUUUGCCCUCUAUUAGUUUAUUCAUAAAAAAAUACUGGCAUCUCACGGAUUUAAAAAUGUUUCCACCUACUUCAUUAAGUUUGUAGAGAGAAGUGUAGAGGGGAAGAGUUAGAAUGACUGUGUAUGUGUGAGUGUGAAAACUUGUGAACAUGAUGUAGUUUUCUGUUUGAUGUGGAAACAGCUGAAGCAGAGCUUGUCUUUUUUUUCUCAGGCUCUGUAUUCCAAAAGACCAAAUCUUUAUUUUGUUACUCUCAGAAGGAUGAUUCAUAGCUAUCAGUUUAUUUUAUUAGUCAACUUGUAUUAUGUUCAUAACAUAAUUCAGUUUAUUUUCUUUUAAUUGUACUUAAUUUUCUCUGUAAUUCAGUCUACAUUAAAUUAAAUUACAACUUUG